GUACAUUGUCAGUGGUCGGUAGAAAUUAACACGUAGAUAUUUUGAACAAAGACAGAGCCCUCUAGAGGGAAGUUUGAAACGUUUUCCAAUACUGGUUAUAUCGAUCGGACUCACUAUAUUUCAAUCUGUAAGCUGUGGUUGAUAUACAUGGUACAGAUUUCCUAUAGAAAAUGAAGAAUUUAGAUUUUUAUAUCAUAAUUCUUAUAGUCGUAGCCUUGGAACUUAUCGCGACUGAUGCACAGUUCACAUGUUUUCGGAAAUACCGGGAGAGGAAAGGAAAGACAUUUUGUAAAGGCCCCUUGAAAAACAGAAAAAAGUUUUCUUCACCAGAAAAAUGCUGCGCAAAAAAGGGGAAAGGGUUCGCGGUUUCAAUGGUGAAAGCAGGUGGAAGAAAUAAGUACCAGUGCACCUCCUGCAGUGUCUUAAAGAAGACUACACCGGCCCCGACAGUAGCGCCAACUCCUGCCAUCACGACAGAACUUCCGGAUUGGGGCAGGUGGAACCCGUGCAGCGCGACGUGCGGUUACGGAUGGCGGAACAGGUACCGGAUGUGUGAUGACUGCGAUAAGAACCACUUUAAUUAUGUCCAGUCAGAGCCGUGUAUGCAGAACUUUUACUGUCCAAUGGACGGGAACUGGGGGAAUUGGAUGGGUUGGAGUCAGUGUUCGGCAGACUGUGGGGGUGGUACCCGGACCAGGACCAGGCGGUGUAACUACCCUCCACCGUCACACGGAGGGAAAGAUUGUCCCGGACCUGGGGUGAAGGAGGAACCCUGUAAUGAGGACCCAUGUUCUGUUGAUGGACAUUGGGGACAGUGGUCACAGUUCAGUCUCUGCAGCGCCACCUGUGGAUCAGGCACCAUGAUGAGAUCACGGAAGUGUGACGACCCUCCAGCACAAUAUGGCGGCAGUGAAUGCAAGGGAAUGCCCUACCAGGAAAAACGCUGCAAAAACAGAAACUGUCCUCUGCAUGGCGGAUGGUCACUUUGGGGUCCGUGGAGCGAGUGCUCGGUCACUUGCGACACAGGCAUGGUCACGCGAACACGCACCUGCGACAGUCCACGUCCUCUAUUUGGCGGGCGGAAGUGUGAUGGAUCCGCCACGGACACACGAGAAUGCACGGCAAACAAGCAAUGUCCAGUACACGGUGGCUGGACAUCAUGGACGACUCAGGGGCGGUGUAACGCACCUCGUUGUGAAACCGGAACUGCGAUACGUUCGCGCAGCUGCACUAACCCCAGACCCCGGAAUGGAGGCCGACCGUGCGUCGGUCGAUCCUAUAGUCGGGAGGGCUGUGUAAAUGACGAGAACUGUCCGAAGACAGGAGAGUGGUGCAAUUGGAACGAGUGGUCUCAGUGUACAGCCACCUGCACGGGACUUAAUUCUAUGCAAGUCCGCCAGAGGUCGUGCCAGUGUCCUGGUCCGCAGUCAGGCGGCAGUGAUUGUGACGGAAACAAAUAUGAAGCCCGAGAAUGUGUGAACGUUCAGCCAUGUAAUCCGUAUGGUGCUUUUAUAGGCCAGCGGAGAGUUGAGGAAGAGUCGUAUAGCGCUUCGGUGAAUAGUACCGAGGAUGUCACCAGUUCCAAAAAUGAUGCAGAGAUCGUCACGACAUAAUAUGAAGAAUGAGUAACAAAUGUAAGAUGUCUGGAGACACAACAAAUGUGAUUACACCAAAAAGGUUUUAAAGGAUCAUUUGUUUUAAUCUGUUAAACCGAGAUGGAGGAGAAUUUUUUUUAAUACAGGAUUUGGAUUAUAAAGUCUGAAUAACUUUUACGAGUUUAACAACCCUGAUAUCAACCACAAUGGUUUUAGAAUAUUUGCCACAAUUUCUUCAUAAAGGAACCAUAUAAAGUCCCUGUAAAUAUUCCAAGCCUUGUACAUAUAUUUGUUUGUUAAUGUCCUAUAUAUAUGUCAAGCCUUGUACAUAUAUUUGUUAAUGUCCUAUACAUGUAUGUUAGAUCAUGCUGAUAUUGCUUGGCUGACUCUCAAUGUUUGUCACACGUAACAUGUUUCUGUUUAAUUUUGAUUCAAAUUCUAGCGGAAUGUUACGUUCUUUUUAUUCCGCAACAUGGGCUCCAUGUUUUUUGAGGAAACAGUUAAGAAAACAGGAAAAUAACUAUCAAUAACCAUAAAAAAUGAUUUAGGGAGAACAUCUUUAUGCAAGUUCUUUUUAUGCUUGCAAGUUCUGCUUCUGAAUUGUAUACUUUUAAACAUGUGAAAAUGGAUAUAGUGCUUUGAUAUGGAAGAUCUGUAUUCUGACCAAUCAGGAGCAUUAGCUGAUUUAUCAGAGGAACAACAAUGUCAACUUGUUUGUAUUAAAUGUCCUUUUCUACGUAAUGCUAUACAUAUUGUAUGUAUCACGAUUACAUUAUCCUCAUUUAAAUUAUUUCAAUGUUAAUUUUUCCAGGUAUAGAACAAACAUACAAAAGCUUACUUAAACAUUGGUGGGGUCGCUAACAUUGUGGGAGAAUUUAACAGUAUUAACAACAAAGCACGUAGUGUAUAUGUACAGUGACAUUCAACUGAACUGACUGUAUAAGGCGCUCUAGUUCCUUAUCAUUUACGUUAAGUGAGAAUACUAAAUGAAAGAAAAGACAUGGGUGGUCACACGAUAUUUUUGAUUGACGAAAAAGUCGAGAGUUUGUGUUUUGGGAUUCAUGUAACAUUCACCGAUGAAAUAUGACAGACAUUUGACAGUUAAGAUUGAUCGUUGUUUAUAUAAUUGGGAUAAAACUACUUGAACAUAUUUCAGAUCAAGGAAAAUUUACACCUCUCAUUUUCAAUGUUUCGGCAGAUGAUACUUGCUCGCCCAGGUCGUUAUUCAGCAUCGUGUGAAGAACUGUCAACUGAUUCACGUAUGAUUCAAACGAAGAAAAGUCGCUUUCUUAGGAUGCAUAGAGACAAUCUUGUUUAGAUAUAAGGAAUAAACUCAGUUUGUAUUUUAAUCCUUACUGUUUUUUUGUUUAAUUUCAUAUGCUCUAACUAUGUUCGCAAAUGUUACUUUCCACUUCAUCAAUGUUUCUAUUCUACAAGUUGUCUUUCUUUGUAUGGAUUUUGGAAAAAUAAAGAGUAAACUUGA